CAUCCCUUCAAGCUUGGAAAGCACUGCAAAACCACCUCAGUGAGCUGCAAUCUGUGCAAGGCUCCCCAUGCACGCAUCUCCUUCCAGCCAAACAAUGCCGGCUGCAAAGCAACGAGAAGGGGACGCUGCGGCUUUAAAGCAUCCGAGGGCCGACAGGCUCUUGGUAUAAAUUGUUCCCAGAAUCCAUGUCACAGCUCCUUAUAUGGGGCUGCUUUUUUUUUCCUCUCCGUUUCCAUACCAACCGCAGCACUGCACCAUUCAUCGGGGCUCCGGGUGCUGGGCUGCAUCGCUGCCCCUCGGCUCACUCCAAGAGCAUCGGUGGAUCAUUGGCCCCGUGGUGCUGUGCCAUCCUUUACCUCUUCUUACAACAAUUUGCUCGAGGGGGGAGAAAAAAAAAGGGGCAAAUUAAAUGCCAGCAGAGCGAGAAAGCGGUGUAGAAAUCCUUCUGUUUUUCCCCCAAGGGAGGCAUGUAGUCUACGUUUGCUGCAGCAUUCUGGAAGGAAGGAAGGAAGGAAGGAAGGAAGGAAGGGCUCUUUAAUAGCAAGAGGAUUAAUGAAGAGAGGAAGCUGUGAGCUCUCCUGAAACCAGCAUCUCGGAGCCCAUUCUGUGGGGACGGUGAGGAUGCAGAGCCCCUCUGAGGAAAGCAAAGUUUGUUGAGAGCCCUCGCAUCCCUGAGUCCGAGCUCGGCUCACCAACACUUUCUUCAGCACAGAAACUGGACGUGGAUGCGUACUGCCCUGGUGACGCUGAGCAGGAGCUGGGACCCCCUCCAUCCGUAGAUGAGGCAGCAAAUACACUCAUGACUCGCCUGGGCUUCCUCCUGGGGGAGAAAGUCACAGAGGUGCAGCCAGGGCCCCAGUACAGCAUGGAGGUGCAGGACGAGAACCAGAGCUCGGCCGUCACGCAGCGCAUCAGCCCUUGCUCCACACUGACCAGCAGCACGGCCUCACCGCCCGCCAGCAGCCCCUGCUCCACGCUGCCACCCGUCAGCACCAGCGUCCCUGCCAAGGACUGCAGCUACGGGGCCGUCACCAGCCCCACGUCCACGCUGGAGAGCAGGGACAGCGGCAUCAUAGCCACUUUGACGAGCUACUCCGAGAACGUGGAGCGCACAAAGUAUGGAGGGGAAGGCAGCAAGGAGAUGGGAUCCGGUGGCAACCUGAAGCCCUGGCAGUCCCAGAAGUCCAGCAUGGACUCGUGCCUGUACCGUGUGGAUGAGAACAUGACGGCCUCCACCUACAGCCUGAACAAGAUCCCAGAGAGGAACCUGGAGACCGUCCUGUCCCAGUCAGUGCAGUCCAUCCCACUGUACCUCAUGCCACGGCCCAACUCAGUCGCAGCCACCAGCUCAGCUCACCUGGAGGACCUGGCGUACCUGGAUGAGCAGCGACACACCCCCCUGCGCACCUCCCUCCGCAUGCCCCGGCAGAGCGUGGCCGGAGCCCGCACACAGCAGGACCUGCGAGUGCGCUUUGCACCCUACCGACCUCCAGACAUCUCCCUGAAGCCGCUGCUCUUCGAGGUCCCCAGCAUCACCACCGAGUCCGUCUUCGUGGGCCGGGAUUGGGUGUUCCAUGAGAUCGAUGCGCAGCUGCAGAGCUCCAACGCCAGCGUGAACCGUGGUGUGGUGAUCGUGGGGAACAUUGGCUUUGGGAAGACAGCCAUCAUCUCCAGGCUGGUUGCACUCAGCUGCCACGGCACUCGCAUGAGGCAGAUCGCAUCCGACAGCCCGCACGCCUCACCCAAACAUGUGGAUGCAAACAGAGAGCUGCCCUUAACCCAGCCGCCUUCUGCUCACUCCUCCAUCGCCAGCGGGAGCUGCCCGGGGACCCCCGAGAUGCGCCGGCGCCAGGAGGAGGCCAUGAGGAGGCUCGCUUCCCAGGUUGUCGCCUACCACUACUGCCAGGCAGACAAUGCCUACACCUGCCUGGUGCCCGAGUUUGUGCACAACGUGGCCGCGCUGCUGUGUCGCUCACCCCAAUUCGUUGCCUACCGGGAGCAGCUGCUGCGUGAGCCUCACCUGCAGAGCAUGCUGAGCCUCCGCUCCUGCGUGCAGGACCCCAUGGCCUCCUUCCGCAGGGGGAUCCUGGAGCCCUUGGAGAACCUGCACAAAGAGAGGAAGAUCCCUGACGAAGAUUUCAUCAUAUUAAUUGAUGGUUUAAACGAGGCUGAAUUUCACAAGCCAGAUUAUGGUGACACCAUCGUAUCAUUCCUGAGCAAAAUGAUUGGGAAAUUCCCUUCCUGGCUGAAGCUGGUUGUGACCGUCAGGACGAGUCUACAGGAAAUAAUUAAGCUGUUGCCCUUCCACAGAAUAUUUUUGGAUAGACUGGAAGAGAACGAAGCCAUAGACCAGGACCUGCAGGCUUACAUCCUCCAUCGGAUACACAGCAGCUCGGAGAUCCAGAACAACAUCUCACUGAACGGCAAAAUGGACAACACCACCUUUGGCAAACUCAGCUCUCACCUCAAGACCUUGAGCCAAGGGUCCUACCUGUACCUGAAACUCACUUUUGAUCUCAUAGAGAAAGGAUAUCUAGUACUAAAAAGCUCCAGCUACAAAGUAGUCCCAGUGUCUCUGUCAGAAGUUUACCUGUUGCAGUGCAAUAUGAAGUUCCCAACGCAGUCUUCCUUUGAUCGGGUUAUGCCUCUCUUGAAUGUGGCAGUGGCAUCUCUGCAUCCUUUAACAGAUGAGCAUAUUUUUCAGGCCAUUAAUGCAGGUAACAUUGAGGGCACUUUGGAGUGGGAUGACUUUCAGCAGAGGAUGGAGAACCUUUCUAUGUUUCUUAUCAAACGUAGAGACAUGACGCGAAUGUUUGUUCAUCCCUCUUUCCGAGAAUGGCUUAUUUGGAGAGAAGAAGGUGAAAAGACCAAGUUUCUUUGUGAUCCUCGGAGUGGCCACACACUGCUUGCCUUCUGGUUUUCCCGUCAGGAAGGAAAACUAAACCGACAGCAAACGAUCGAACUGGGACAUCACAUUCUCAAAGCACAUAUUUUUAAGGGGCUGAGUAAAAAAGUUGGAGUAUCUUCUUCCAUCCUGCAAGGGCUUUGGAUCUCCUACAGCACUGAGGGUCUUUCCAUGGCUUUGGCAUCACUGAGAAACCUCUACACCCCAAACAUCAAGGUCAGUCGGUUGCUGAUUCUAGGAGGUGCCAAUGUGAAUUACCGGACCGAAGUUCUAAACAACGCCCCAAUUCUGUGCGUGCAGUCCCACCUGGGUUACACAGAGAUGGUGGCUUUGCUCCUGGAGUUUGGUGCCAACGUGGAUGCUGCUUCUGAGAGCGGCCUGACCCCCCUUGGGUACGCUGCUGCUGCUGGGUUCCUGAGCAUCGUUGUGUUGCUGUGCAAGAAACGGGCCAAGGUGGAUCACUUGGACAAGAACGGUCAGUGCGCUCUGGUCCACGCCGCCCUCAGAGGACACUUGGAAGUGGUGAAGUUCCUGAUCCAAUGCGACUGGAGCAUGGCUGGGCAGCAGCAGGGGGUGUUCAAAAAGAGCCACGCCAUCCAGCAGGCCCUGAUUGCCGCAGCCAGCAUGGGCUACACGGAGAUUGUCUCCUACCUGCUCGACCUUCCAGAAAAAGAUGAAGAGGAGGUGGAGCGAGCGCAGAUCAACAGCUUCGACAGCCUCUGGGGAGAGACAGCACUGACGGCAGCAGCGGGCCGGGGGAAGCUGGAUGUGUGUCGGCUGCUGCUGGAGCAGGGAGCUGCUGUGGCACAGCCCAACCGGCGCGGCGUGGUACCACUCUUUAGUGCUGUCCGACAGGGCCACUGGCAGAUUGUGGACCUGCUGCUCACCCACGGCGCCGACGUGAACAUGGCAGACAAGCAGGGCCGGACACCGCUGAUGAUGGCUGCGUCCGAGGGACACCUGGGCACGGUGGAGUUUCUGCUUGCACAAGGUGCCUCCAUUUCUCUGAUGGAUAAGGAGGGCUUGACAGCCCUCAGCUGGGCUUGCUUGAAGGGCCACCUGGCUGUGGUGAGGGCCCUGGUGGAGAAUGGGGCGGCCACCGACCACGCCGACAAAAACGGGCGUACACCAUUGGACCUGGCGGCUUUCUACGGUGACGCAGAGGUGGUUCAGUUCCUGGUGGACCACGGGGCCAUGAUCGAGCACGUCGACUACAGCGGGAUGCGUCCCCUGGACAGGGCAGUGGGGUGCCGCAACACCUCGGUGGUCGUCACCCUCCUGAAGAAAGGAGCAAAGAUAGGUUGUCAGACGUUACCGAGUCGCCCACGAGGUCCAGCAACAUGGGCGAUGGCCACCUCCAAACCAGACAUCAUGAUCAUCCUGUUGAGCAAGCUGAUGGAGGAGGGAGACAUGUUUUACAAGAAAGGUAAAGUGAAGGAGGCUGCCCAGCGCUACCAGUACGCCCUGAAGAAGUUCCCCAGGGAAGGCUUUGGGGAAGACCUGAAAACCUUCCGUGAGCUGAAGGUGUCACUCCUGCUCAACCUCUCCCGAUGUCGAAGGAAAAUGAAUGACUUUGGAAUGGCAGAGGAAUUCGCUACUAAAGCACUGGAGCUGAAACCGAAAUCUUAUGAAGCUUUCUAUGCAAGAGCAAGAGCCAAACGCAGCAGCAGGCAGUUUGCAGCAGCCUUGGAGGACCUAAAUGAGGCCAUCAAGCUGUGCCCCAACAACCGUGAGAUCCAGAGGCUGCUGCUGCGGGUGGAGGAGGAGUGCCGGCAGGUGCAGCAGCAGCAGCAACAGCAGCAGCAGCAACAGCAGCAGCAGCCAUCCCCACUGCCAGCAGAGCCUGAGCCCGAAGCCCAGCAUGAAGAGCUGUAUUCUGUGCAAGACAUUUUCGAGGAGGAGUACCUUGAGCAGGACGUUGAGAACAUUUCCAUUGGCUUGCAGACAGAGUCCAGGCCAAACCAAGGGCUUCCCAUCAUCCAGAGCCCGCCUCCAUCCCCAGCUCAUCGGGACUCUGCCUAUAUUUCUGGCUCACCCCUCGGCUCCCAUCAGGUCUUUGAUUUCAGGUCCAACAGCUCAGUGGGCUCACCCACCAGGCAGGGCUACCAGUCCACAUCUCCCACUCUGUCUCCGACACACCAGAACUCCCAUUACCGGCCCAGUCCUCCGCACACCUCUCCUGCCCAUCAGGGCUCCUCGUACCGCUUCAGCCCACCUCCCGUGGGGAGCCAGGGGAAGGAAUAUCAGAGCCCACCUCCUUCUCCUCUUCGCAGAGGCCCUCAGUACCGUGCCAGCCCCCCCGCAGACGGCAUGAGCGUGUACAGGUCGCAGUCGGGCUCCCCAGUUCGCUAUCAGCAAGAACCCAGCGCCGUCAGCCCGCUUCCCGGCCGGCCCAAGUCCCCACUGUCCAAAAUGUCACAGCGUUCCUUCCAGAUGCCCCAGCUGCCCGUAGCCGUGCCGCAGCAGGGCCUGAGGCUGCAGCCAGCAAAGGCACAGAUCGUUCGGAGCAACCAGCCCAGCUCAGCCGUGCACUCCAGCACUGUCAUCCCCACCGGUGCGUACAGUCAGGUUGCCCACUCGAUGGCCAGCAAGUAUCAGGCGGCAGCGGGGGAGAUGGGGGUCAACCAGAGCAGGCUGGUGUACCAGGGCUCCAUCGGGGGGAUCGUAGGGGACAGCCGGCCCGUGCAGCAUGUGCAGGCCAGCCUCAGCGCGGGGGCCAUCUGCCAGCACGGAGGGUUGGCCAAGGAAGACCUUCCGCAGAGGCCAUCCUCGGCGUAUAGGGGGGGCAUGAGGUACAGCCAGACACCCCAAAUUGGGCGCAGCCAGUCGGCUUCCUAUUACCCCAUGUGCCACUCAAAGCUGGACCUGGAGCGUUCAUCCCUGCCCUCUGGACAGCUCGGCUCGCCGGACGUGUCCCACCUCAUCCGGAGGCCCAUCAGCGUCAACCCCAGUGAAAUCAAGCCUCACCCUCCCACCCCGAGACCGCUGCUCCAUUCGCAAAGCGUCGGCCUGCGCUUCUCUCCCUCCAGCAAUAGCAUCUCAUCCACCUCCAACCUGACGCCCAACUUCCGCCCCUCCGCCUCGAUCCAGCAGAUGGAGAUCCCUCUCAAGCCGGCCUAUGACAGGGCGUGCGACGAGCUGUCCCCGGUGUCCCCCACGCAGGGUGGGUACCCCAGCGAGCCGGCCCGUUCCCGGACCACACCGUUCAUGGGAAUCAUUGAUAAAACAGCUCGGACUCAGCAGUACCCCCACCUCCAUCAGCAGAACCGGACCUGGGCCGUGUCGUCAGUGGACACUGUAAUUAGCCCUACAUCUCCUGGCAAUCUCCCCCAGCCGGAAUCAUUUAGCCCACCUUCUUCAAUCAGCAACAUUGCCUUUUAUAACAAAACCAACAAUGCACAGAAUGGCCAUUUGCUAGAGGAAGACUAUUACAGCCCCCAUGGGAUGCUGGCCAAUGGGUCCCGGGGAGACCUCCUGGAGAGAGUCACCCAAGCCUCUUCGUACCCCGAUGUGAAGGUGGCGAGGACGCUGCCGGUGGCACAAGCCUACCAGGACAACCUGUACAGGCAGCUCUCCCGGGACUCCCGGCAAGGGCAGACAUCCCCAAUCAAACCAAAGAGACCAUUUGUGGAGUCUAAUGUGUAAGAGACGCUUGUUGGAGUAAGACCCUUAUGUUUGCAGCACACACUUCCAAGCUUGAUUUCCAUGCAUAUUAUUAUUAUUGUUAUUAUUAUUAUUAUUAUUUCUCUUUGGUAGCGACAUGACCACGUUUCUCCGGUACUUGGUGCGGUGAUCAGACACCAUGCACGCUCUCCAGCCCUUCCGUCCCCCAGCUGACUGUGAAGCCACCAUCAGCCAAGCAGUACAUUGCCCAGUUCCAGCUGAGCUCCCUCACUUGGCAGCUGCCAACCAGGAUAUCCCAGUACACGGUGCGGGGUAGGCCAGGAACAUCCCCUACGCAGUGGGAGGUAACCGGAUCUUUUUCAGGAGACAGUCGUGUCUGAUUUCCAUUAGUUUCUUUUAUCUCAAUGAGCUCUUACAGAUCAUUACAGAUCCCGGUGGGAGCAGAGCAGGUAUCCCUAGAGCCUUUUCUGAGGCUGCAUCUGCAGGCUGCCACACAGCAAGGCCGUUCCCUUCCCAACACUCUCUUUGCUCACAUGGAGCAGGUCAUCAUUUGUAGCGAUGCACAGCACCCACCCUCCUUGUCCAGUGUGCAGCAUCGCAUUUGGAAUUGUAUUUAAUUAGUUGCUUACGCUGCUGGAAGGGGUGGGGGUCACCCCGUGCUUUGCUGCUUUGCCAUCUGGGUGCCCUGACCUUGGUUUACUCAUGGGCACUUUGCAGGUGCUCAGAGAUGGUGCAUUCAUCAUCCAAGGGAACUGGGUUAGGAGUGGGACCACAGCUCGGUCGCCCCAUUAGCAGAUGGCUGCGUCCCACACGUAGCGCCACAUUUAUCACCAGGACAGCUUGAACGUUGGGGUUUUCAUUUAUUUCAGGGCUUUUUAUGGUGUUCUGUCUUUUUGACUAGGAAAUCCUUUCCAAAAAGGAAACCCACAGUUUAUUUCUUGGCUGGGAUGCAUAACGUGGCGCUGUGGCUCCGGGAUGGGAUGAGUCUGGUGACAAAGUCACUUAGGGUUGCAAGAUCCAUCCCAAAAUCUUGGAAAGCAAAUGCUCUGUUCUCUACCUAUAGAUGGCAGAGAUGGUGCUUUGCUCUUUAAGGGCCUCUAGUUAAAAGAGGGGUAUUUAUAAUUUAUUUAUGUGCUCUGUUUUCAGGACUUUUUUUUUUCUUUUUUUUUUUUUUUUUGUGGUUUGGUUGUUUUUCUCUUAUUUUUUUGUAAAUCAAACACAAGUCACAUCAAGGCAGUGGGAACAGAGGGGGAUGCUUCCAGAAACCUUUGUACUGAAUUUUGCAGUUGUUCCCUGGCGUUUCUUGGGAUGAGUGGAGGGACUUCUUUACCAAUGCUUCACUUAGUGCUGCUUGCUUUGUAAUUUGCCUUUCCAUUACUGAGGGCGAUCGGUUGGACGAGCGAUAAAGCUGGAGCUUGUUUUAAAGCAAAAAUAGUGCCUGUUGCCCACCGCCAAGCCUCACCCAUAUCAGCUCUUAACAGCAAAAUCAUAGAACCAUGGGGUGGUUGGAUUGGAAGGGACCUUACAGCCCUCCCAGCUCCGAGCCCUUCUGUGGGCUGGGUGCCCUCCCCAGCUCAGGCUGCCCAGGGCCCCAUCUGUGGCCUUGUAGAGCAAGAAGGAUGUGGUGCUGAGCAGGAAAAGUGAGCAAAACCUGUUGAUGUUUCCAAAGGGCUACCCAAAUCCGGAUGUAGAUUGCUGGAUGCCUUGAACCAAACUGCAGCACUCAGCUUCAGCAGUGUGGGAGGGUUUGGAGCUAAGCCAGCCCCAGUGGUUGGGCUCAGCCCAGGCUGGGCAUGGCGGGUCCUUUUGUCUCACAGACAUGCCAAGAGCAUCCUGGGCUUUUCCUCUGCUUCUGCUGUUGUGUAUUUGUCCAGGGCAGUGUUUGCAUUGAGGCUGACUUGCUUCUGCAGCGCAGCUCAGCCCCAACCUUUGCUUUGUCACAGGGCUGGGGGAGCGCCAGCAGUGCUGCUUCUCUCCUUGGAAUCAGCGUGCUGCUGUGCAUCCCUCUUUUGGAAGCAGUUUUGCUUUGCAAGGAGAAAACCCCAUCCCCUCACCUUUCCGAACACGAGCAGCUUUCUGCCUUCAGUUGCUUCUUGGAGUGGGAAAAGGAACCAAGCUCAGCCCCGCUCUGCUGCUCAGCACUUGGAGAGCUGCAUUUGCUGUGCUGCUCACGGCCCCAUGGCCCCCAGUGUCACCUUGGGGUUGUGAAGGUGUUUUAAGGAUAAAACCAAAACACAGCUCUCACUGUAGGCACAGCACGGAGACAACACUGGAGUAGUGCAGCGUGUGGGUUUGUCACAAUAGCAGGUGUUGCAUUUUCACAGGAUUCUUGCACUAAUGGCUUUCCAUCCAUUCUCUCUUGUACAUGAGUGCACUUUACUGUUAGAAUUUGUUCCUCUGAUAAAUACUGGGUACUUAAGUGUGAGUAGUGUCCUCGUUAGGAAAUAGCAAAGCAGCUCUUGUCUCUUAGUGUAUUUUUCAAAAAAAAAAAGAGAAAAAAGGGAAAAAAAAAAACAACCCAAGGAGUUCUGGCAUCUCUCGCACAAGGACCAACUCUUGUACAUAAGCAUCAAUAAGCAGAGUCACCUUCAAACACGACGGCCUUUGCAGUGGCUUUAAGGCACUUCCCCAGCAGUUCUUAUAGGGGUGAGGAGCCACCAUCUCCCCCCAGCAUCACACUCGGGUUUGCUUGUGCAGGAGCAGAGGUCGGUGUGUGUUUGUGGUCCCGUUGUGAAGUGCCCUCAUUGCUCUGAUUUCACCCCAUGUCCCCUCACUGCCAGGUCUUUGCUGCAGACCGUCGUGCCCCACGUUGCGCUGUGCCUUCAGCUUCUUUCAGUAACUCCCAUUUGCGUUUCUCGCAUCUUGCAGGGUCCUUUAGGUUGCACCGAGAUGACUGUCAACUGGGAAACCCUCUGGAUUUGGCUCUUGGGGUGCAUUCGGUCAGCAGUGUGGGAGCACAUGCCUGUAUUGAGCUGCAGCACCAGUAGGUGUCCCUCACUCUCUGUAUUACAGAGCCACAACCUCAGUGUGGGGCUGCAGCAGCACGGUGUGGGGUCACGGUUCUAGUUUGUGCCCUGGUUUGGAAUCACACAGUUCUGGUUUGUGCCCCAGUGUAGAUUCACAUGGUAAUGGUUUGUACCCCAUUGUAGAUUCACAUGGUAAUGGUUUGUACCCCAUUGUAGACUCACAUGGUUCUGGUUUGUGCCCGAGGAUGCUGCAGUGCCAGGUGGGUUGCCUGCAUCGUGUGGUCGUGCUGCUGGCCCUACAUUCUGGGCAUGACAUUGGAGGGCUCUGACAACAGCUGUGAGGGACCGAUGGAAGUGCUUGGCAAAGGGAAGUUGUUCCAAAGCUGAGGUCCUUCAUCCAGCUCCAGAGGUGGAACCUGGGGUGCCCACCCUGCGCUGCUUCAUCCAGGGCUGAAUUUUGUUGUGUUGGUUUGGUAGUUGUUUUUCUUUUAUUCCCAGUUUCAUAUGGCUGUAAAGAAACCCGCUUAGCUUGCGUAAACUAUGUGUGUGCAUCACGCCUAAGCCAUAUGUGGGCUAGGUCCCGAAGCGGGGUGGUACGGAAUGGGCGGCCAUGCAGUCCCCUCGUACAAAGGCAGUUGUGAAUUCAGGGUUACCCAGAAGAAGUCUAGCUUGAACCCAAGUGCCAGCUCCGCCUUACCUAGAGAAACAAGCAAGCCGCCGUGCCUGUUGGUUGCAGAGGAGGUCCUGGGUCACUCCUUCGUGGCUUUGGGCUCAAUUUGUCUUCGGGGUCUCCGACAACUCCUGGCUGUGAUUCAUGGUGUGGUGAGAAGGGCUGAGGGCAUGGCGUGGCACGGGGACCUCCGCAGAGGACGCCUUCACUCCUGGCUGGUUGCACUCCCUGAUGCCGCUGGGGUGCGUUUGGACACAAGCACAACGGUGAAAAGUCAAUCUGCUUUUUUUCAGAUUUGUUUGGAUAAAUUGCUGGAUUUUCAUUCAAUCAAACUCUUUUUUCUAAUCUAAACCACUAAGGGCUCAAUUCUUUAGCAAGGUGCGUUCGUGUCCAACUCCUGACCAGCAGCUGGAUCUCACUGGAACUUCUCCAGAUCCACCCGAGAGAAAAUCAAAGCUCAAUGCGAUCAUCACCCGCUACACUGAACGGACACCAAUGGGAUCCGCUGCGUCCUCCCCUCCCGGCCACCGCUGCGUCUCAGUGCCACGCCAGCUUUGCAAGAAGGACUUCAUCCCUCCUGGGGGAGCCCCGCGGGAGGCAGGUGGGUGCUGGGACCCCGCGGGGUUGGGCCAGGUGGGCUCUCCUGUGCCCAGGAGAGGCGGUUGCUUCGCCUUCGCUCCUCGCUGCGCCGCUGACUUACGGACUGGUGUGGACUUCCAGUGCCGCAGGCGUCGUUCCUGCCAGGCGUUCCCUAUUCCCAUAGUGUUGCAUUCAACGUUUUGUCUCUUGUUUCUGUCUUCACUUCCGAGAGGAUCCGAGUUGGUACAGACCUGUACAGUAUGCACACUUUGUGAUUUGUACAAUCCCCCCCUGGUUGCCAUCCUUUGAGACACUUGCUGGGAAGAUCUUUAAGACACUUAAUUUUCCUUUAGCUUUUCUAUAAUUCCGAUGUAAAGGACUUUCUCUGUACAGUAUAUUAUUCAAUGCAUGUUCUGUUCUCUCUACUGAUGAUAUAUUGAACACCACACAGUUGUGACAUUGUGCAGUGGGGAGAACAACCCCUGCGGACAGCGGAGGCCUUCGCCUGUCACGUAUAAGGAAAGAAGAAAACAUAUUUUUUCCUUUGCUGUAUUUGCUUGAGCAGAGUUUUCUUGUCUGUACAUGUGAGCUGUGAGAUAGAUGUGAAAAGUUCAAAAGAAUGCAUUUCCCCCACCACUCCCUCCCCCUCACCCCAAUGUAUACAGAUUGUAAUCUGUACAAUGAAAACUGUAUGUAUGAAAAAAAAAAUGUACUUAUUUAUAAAUGGUUAACACUUGGAAACA